AUGGCCGUGGCCUCCAUGCUUCAUGCGCCGUCUCUCCUGGCAGUCCAACCCUUCGGCGGACAGAGGAAUGCUGCCAGCGCUAACCGCUCACCGAGAGCGGCGGCUUUCAGGGUUCAGGCAGCCAAGCUUCCUGCCGGAGUCCAGGUGCCAAAGGCGCAACCCAAGCUGAGUGAGCCGUUCCUGGGGUUCACCAAGACCGCGGAGGUGUGGAACUCCAGGGCCUGCAUGAUGGGCCUCAUCGGGACCUUCAUCGUGGAGCUGUUUGGGGCUCUGCUUUUUUUUUCUUCCUUCCAGAUAUUGAACAAAGGUGUUCUUGAGAUAAUCGGUUUCGAAGUGGGGAAAGGCCUCGAUAUUCCUUUGUAG